AUGGGAACCUAUGCUGUGGCCGUUGAUGUUGGCGGCACCUUUACCGACAUCGUGCUUUGCGACCUCGAAUCCAACGCCCAGCAGGUGUACAAGACGCCUUCCACGCCAGACGACCCGUCCCUGGGAUUCAUGACCGGCCUGGCCCAGAUUCUGGCAGCCAGCGGUGUCACCCCCGCCGAAGUGGUUCACAUCUUUCAUGGCACCACCAUCGCCACCAACUCAGUCCUGGAAAACAAGGGCGCACCCGUUGGUUUGUUGGUAACCGACGGCUUCAAAUACGUUCUGGAGAUUGCCCGCCACGGCACGCCGCGCCUUGCCAACCCCAACACCUGGGUGAAACCGGAACGUCCCGUUCGUCCGCGGGAUUGUCUGGAGGUGGCAGAACGAACUAGUUUUGAAGGACAAAUUCUAGUACCCCUGGACGAGCCGGCAGUGCGCGACGGCGCUCGCCACUUCCAACGCGCCGGAGUUUCCACCGUCGCAAUCGCUUUCCUGCACUCCUACGCCAACCCAACUAACGAACGGCGAGCCAGAGAGAUUCUGUUGCAGGAGCUUCCCAACGUCGCCGUUUCCCUGUCAUCCGAAGUAUUGCCCGUGUACCGGGAGUACGAACGCACCAUCACCACCGUCCUCAAUGCGUACGUCACACCCCGAGUCAGCACAUACAUCGACAACCUGAAGCAGUCCCUGCGUUCCUUCGGCACUGAUGCGGCGUUUUCGAUCAUGAAGUCCAACGGCGGAAUCAUCGGCGCUGAUGUAGCGGUGGAACAACCGGUGUACACGGCGCUGUCCGGUCCCGCCGCCGGGGUCAUGGCCACGUUGCAGAUAGCGGAAUCCACCGGCGUCCAGGAUUGCAUCUCCUUUGACAUGGGUGGUACCAGCACCGACGUGUCUCUGAUAAAACAGCGCGAGCCGACCGUUACUCUAAACGGCAAGCUGGGCGACUGGCCGAUUCAACUUCCCAUGCUUGAUAUCGCCACCAUCGGAUGUGGCGGUGGAAGUAUCGCCGAGGUCUCGCCCUACGGCAGCCUUACGGUCGGGCCAGCCAGCGCCGGCGCAGACCCGGGGCCGGCAUGUUACGGUCGUGGGUCCACCCGUCCCACCGUAACCGACGCCAACCUGGUGCUGGGACGUGUGAAUACACAGAUUGCCGUGUGGAACGGGGCCACGACCCCCGGGACUUCGCGCUGGUGGCCUAUGGCGGCGCCCGGUCCCAUGCACGCAAUCGACGUGGCAAACAUGUUGGGAAUCGAGAAGGUCGUGGUUCCACCGCACCCCGGGAUCGCGUCCGCUUAUGGAUUGCUGGUCGCCAAAUUCAAAAAUGAUUACGCCAAAACCUUCCUGCAGCAGCCUCCUGACUACGACCUGGACGGCAUGGACACGGUUUGGUCAGAAUUGGAGGCGCAAGGGCGAGCGUGGUUGCACAGGGAAGGCGUUCCGGUCAACAGCCACAGCAUCACGCGAUCCGCUGACCUCAGGUACGCCCACCAGGGUUCGGAAUUGACGCUCCAAUACAGCCAUUCGCGGGUGAACCGCGAGGGCCUGGAAUCGAUCCUGCAGGAUUUCCACCAGCAGCAUGAACAGCUCUACGGUUUUGCCCUGGAGCAGCAGGUGGAGAUAGUGACCUUGAGGGUUACGGCAUCAGGCCAGGUUGGGAAUAUCACCCUGCCCAGGAUUCCGGGUUGGAGCGCCAGAGCGGAUCAGGCCAUCAUUGAACGUCGCGAAGUGUAUUUCGAGGAAUCUCGAGGAUUUGUCCCCUGCGCCAUCUAUCCGCGCGAUAGCCUGAAACCGGGAGCAAAACUGAUGGGGCCGGCAAUACUGGAAGGCAUGGACUCCACGGUCGUGAUCAAUCCAGGCUGGGAAACCCAGGUCGACGAAUACGGCAAUUGCAUCAUGCGAGCCCAAGGAAACCGACGAUGA